AUGCUGAAGCCCGGAGAGCCCGGCGGCUCGGCCUUCCUCAAAGUGGACCCAGCCUAUCUGCAGCACUGGCAGCAACUCUUCCCGCACGGCGGCAGCGGCGGCCCGCUCAAGGGCGGCGGCGCCGCGGGUCCCCUGGGCGCGCCGCAGCCUCUCCAGCCGCCGCCGCCGCCGCCGCCGCCGCAGCGCGCAGAGCCUCCGCCGGACAGCUUGCGCCCGCGGCCCGCCUCGCUCUCCUCCGCCUCCUCCACGCCGGCGUCCUCCUCCACCUCGGCCUCCUCUGCCUCCUCCUGCGCCGCCGCCGCCGCCGCCGCCGCGCUGGCGGGUCUCUCGGCCCUGCCCGUGGCGCAGCUGCCGGUGUUCGCGCCUCUGGCCGCUGCCGCCGUCGCCGCGGAGCCGCUGCCUCCCAAGGACCUGUGCCUCGGCGCCGCGUCGGGCCCGGGGCCUUCCAAGUGCGGCGGCAGCGGCGGGGACGUGCGGGGCGGCCCGCGCUUCCGCUGCAGCGCGGAGGAGCUGGACUAUUACCUGUACGGCCAGCAGCGCAUGGAGAUCAUCCCGCUCAACCAGCACACCAGUGACCCCAACAACCGUUGCGACAUGUGCGCGGACAACCGCAACGGCGAGUGUCCCAUGCACGGGCCCCUGCACUCACUGCGCCGGCUCGUGGGCACCAGCAGCACCGCGGCCGCCGCACCCCCGCCCGAGCUGCCCGAGUGGCUCCGGGACCUGCCGCGGGAGGUGUGCCUGUGCACCAGCACUGUGCCCGGCCUGGCCUACGGCAUCUGUGCGGCGCAGAGGAUCCAGCAGGGCACCUGGAUCGGGCCCUUCCAGGGCGUCCUCCUGCCCCCGGAGAAGGUGCAGGCCGGCGCCGUGAGGAACACACAGCAUCUCUGGGAGAUAUAUGACCAAGAUGGGACACUACAGCACUUUAUUGAUGGUGGGGAACCUAGUAAGUCGAGCUGGAUGAGGUAUAUCCGGUGUGCAAGGCACUGCGGAGAGCAGAAUCUAACAGUAGUUCAGUACAGGUCGAAUAUAUUCUACCGAGCCUGUAUAGAUAUUCCCAGGGGUACCGAGCUUCUCGUGUGGUACAAUGACAGCUAUACGUCUUUCUUUGGGAUCCCCUUACAAUGCAUUGCCCAGGAUGAAAACUUAAAUGUCCCCUCGACGGUCAUGGAGGCCAUGUGCAGACAGGACGCCCUACAACCCUUCAGCAAGAGCAGCAAGCUGCCCCCCGCCGCCCCGCAGCGCUCCGUGGUCUUCCCGCAGACUCCCUGCACCAGGAACUUCUCUCUCCUGGACAAGUCUGGGCCCAUGGAAUCGGGAUUUAACCAGAUCAACGUGAAAAACCAGCGAGUGCUUGCGAGCCCGACUUCCACCAGUCAGCUGCACCCGGAGUUCAGUGACUGGCAUCUCUGGAAAUGCGGCCAGUGCUUUAAGACUUUCACGCAGCGGAUCCUCUUACAGAUGCACGUGUGCACGCAGAACCCCGACAGACCUUAUCAGUGCGGUCACUGCUCCCAGUCCUUUUCACAACCGUCCGAGCUGAGGAACCACGUGGUCACUCACUCCAGUGACCGGCCUUUCAAGUGUGGCUACUGUGGCCGUGCCUUUGCCGGGGCCACCACCCUCAACAACCACAUCCGAACCCACACUGGAGAAAAGCCCUUCAAGUGCGAGAGAUGUGAGAGGAGCUUCACGCAGGCCACGCAGCUGAGUCGGCACCAACGGAUGCCCAAUGAGUGCAAGCCAAUGACCGAGAGCCCAGAAUCAAUUGAAGUGGAUUAA